CUGGCUUCUUUGCCACCCAGUUGGUUGAUCCAGUGGCACUGAGCUUUAAAAAGCUGAAGACCAUUUUGGAAUGCAGGGGACUUGGGUACUCAGGGCUUCUGGAAAAGAAAGAUGUCAGAGAGCUGGUUGAGAAAUCAGGCCUCCCAGUAGAGAUGAUAAUAUUACGUUACUUGUGCUGCCAAGCCAUGGACCAUCUGCAGUACUCUCAUGGAUCACCAGUAAUCCAUAGACUACAAACUGGGAACCAUUUCUCCAGAUGCUGUCCUCUAUUUAUAAACUUCUUGUCCAGAGAAAGAUGGAAUAGCUGCAUGAUGCAUUAUGAUAGAUGAAAUUAGAAGCCCUCUAUCUGGAAAUACUCAUAGGCUAAGUGAUUAUAUAACUGACAUGUUCAGUAUAUAUUUGUUCAUUUAACAAAUAGUGGAAUGACAAGGCAUGACAAUCUUCUUAAUGAGCAAGGAGCUGCUGUGAGGCUUUUUCUUACUUGAAACUUAGUAUUUUUAUUCACAUGUUCUAUUGCCUAAUGCAAAUAUUUUCUGUCAUUUAAGUUAAUUUUAUUCUGAACUAGAGAUGGAUGGGAUUAAGGCCAAGAGAAGGUGGCUUAAAGCUACCAACUAAGUUUAUGUCUAGAUUGAUAUUUAAAUGUAGAACUCACAUAUUUUGCUACCAUGCCAUGCUACCCCAUAAAGUUUGGGAUUAUUUCAUGGAAAACAAAAUGAAGGUUUAUUUAUUUAUUUAUUUAGCUUAUAUACUGUGAAAUCUAAACAACUUGGUACAAUUUACAAUGAAACAAUCAAGAAUCAUAAUACAAUAAAACAUUUUAAAAACGUAAUACUGUAAAAACAUAGGCAGCAACUAUAUGGACUGGUGCCAUAGUCUUUGGGAAAAGACUCUUUAACAGUGUGGUUUACCACAGAAAUCUCUGCCUCCAGACCAUGACCCAUUUUAUCUCCAGUAUGUGGGGAACCUAAAGCAUUGCUCAGCAAGGAAAAGUGCAAAGAAAAGGAUACAGGAUAGGAAGAACUAAACCAUAUAUUAUUAAAGGAGACCUUAUGGAAGGUGAACUUUAUUCUGCUCUCAAGGAAGAGGAAGCCUCUGAAUCUGUUUCCAGUACAAACUUCAGUGGUGAAAUGCACUUUUAUGAGUUAGUAGAAGACACAAAAGAUGGUAUCUGGCUUGUACAGGUCAUAGCAAAUGACCGGAGCCCUUUAAUGGGAAAAGUCCACUGGGAGAAAAUGGUGAAGAAAGUGUCAAGGUUUGGUAUACGUACAGGGACUUUUAAUUGUUCCAAUGAUCCCAGAUACUGCAGAAGAAGAGGUUGGGUAAGGUCCACAUUAAUUAUGUCAGUUCCACAAACAAGUACAUCCAAAGGGAAAGUAAUGCUUAAAGAAUAUAAUGGACGUAAAAUAGAAACAGAACAUAUUUUCAAAUGGAUAACAGCCCAUGCUGCUUCACGAAUCAAAACAAUAUUCAAAUCAGAACACUUGAAAGAAGAAUGGAAUAAAGGUUACCAGUAUAGAGUAAAAAUAUAUUUGUUUGCUAAAUUAGACCAGCCUCCAGCUUUCUUCUCUGCACUAAGUGUGAAAUUUACUGGCAGAGUUGAGUUUAUUUUUGUGAAUGUAGAAAACUGGGACAACAAGAGUCACAUCACAGAAAUGGGCAUCUAUAAGACACCAUCUUAUAUUCUUAGAACUCCUGAAGGUAUUUACAAGUAUGGAAAUAAUACUGGUGAAUUUAUAUCCCUUCAUGCUAUGGACUCCUUCUUGCGAUCUUUACAACCUGAAGUUAAUGAUUUAUUUGUUUUAAGUUUAGUCUUAGUUAAUUUGAUGGCAUGGAUGGACUUAUUUAUCACCCAAGGUGCUACUAUAAAGCGCUUUGUUGUUCUUAUAAGCACUUUAGGGACUUAUAAUUCUCUUUUAAUCAUUUCCUGGCUACCAGUUCUGGGAUUUUUGCAAUUACCUUAUUUAGAUAGUUUCUACGAAUAUAGUUUAAAACUGUUCCGUUACUCUAAUACAACGACCCUUGCUUCCUGGGUAAGAGCUGACUGGAUGUUCUACUCAUCACACCCUGCCUUGUUCCUCAGCACGUAUCUGGGACAUGGUUUAUUAAUUGAUUAUUUUGAGAAAAAAAGACGACAUAAUAACAGUGAUGAAAUAAAUGCCAAUAACUUAGAGUGGCUGUCAAGCCUUUGGGACUGGUACACUAGUUAUCUAUUCCAUCCAAUCACAUCUUUUCAGCAUUUCCCCUUUGAAUCUGAUUGGGAUGAAGACCCAGAUCUCUUUCUUGAUCGCUUAGCUUUCCCUGAUUUGUGGCUUCAUCCUCUGAUACCAACUGAUUAUAUCAAAAAUUUACCUAUAUGGCGAUUUAAAUGUUUUGAUGGACACUCAGAAGAGGAAAUGAUGGAACUCUCCCAAAGUGAAAAUGACUCAGAUAGUGAAUCCAAAGAGGUUCCAAAUAAUGAUAAAGAGUUAUUUGAGGAUGAGAGAAGAACCCAUCUAAAUCCUUGUGAAGGAGAAACUUUUUGCAGUGCUGAGACCUGUUCAUGUGCCAAAGCCAAGUCAUAUGGAUCAUACAGUACUAGAGAUGAUUUGGAGCCUGAUUGGUCAGCUUGGCCAGCUGGCAUGCUGCACUGUACUGAAUGUGUUGUAUGUCUAGAAAAUUUCAUAAAUGAAUGUCUGUUAAUGGGCUUACCGUGUGGCCAUGUCUUUCACCAGAAUUGCAUUGUGAUGUGGCUAGUAGGGGGGCGACACUGCUGUCCUGUCUGUAGAUGGGCAUCUUACAAGAAAAAGAAGCCAUAUGUACAUCAUCAGCUUUUAUCAAAUCACACCCUGUCUUAAUUGUAUACUAGUAAUGUUCCUUUGUAACUUCUUCUGUAUUACUGCUUGCCAUUUAAAUGUUAGUCACAAACAGACCGCAUGGUUUGAAGUUUUAGUUUAAAUGUUAGUGCAGUGAAGUAAAAUAAACAUGAUGCUAAUGUUGAUGACAGAAUCAUUUGGUUGCCUUGUAUGUUGAAGUAAUGAAUAUGUGUUUGUACAGUUAUAGUUUUCCUUUACAACGUUUGAACAUUCAAAUUAAUAUUCAUUUUUGUUUGCAUUCCUUGCAAACACAAAACCAGAUGUUUAUCAACAAAAGUAUACUUCUGCAAGUGUUUUAAUAUAAGAUUUGAGUGAACAGACAUUUUAACAAAAAAAUAAUUGUUUUAUUUAUGUUUCUUUUAGAGUUUGUUCAGCAUACCUCUGUUGAAUAAUGUAUUAUUUGUGAGUAUACAGUUAAAAACAAAUUCAUGAAAAUAAAUUAUUUUAAAAGAGUAAUAAUUUUCAAUAUUAAUCAUUUUAACAUUUUUGUGUUAAAUUGCUGUUUAUAUGCUAGCCUUUCUGCAAAAUAAAAAUAAAAAAUGGAACUCUA